GCCCUGCCGCUUAGUAGAACCUAUGACUUGGGCACAACCAAAGAGCUGGAUCCUGAAAUAUCCCCAGAACUGCUCACGAAUUGGAUCGUCUUUCCCAUGAAAUGGAAUGUCAUUUGCUGAGGUGUGGCACAAUACUCAUACAAUACUCGACAAAAGAGAGCGUCGACUACAACGAAUGAGUCCCAAUGGUGUUGAGACCAUGUGUCAGACUGUGCGGGACUUCCAGAUCCGUGACGAAAAUAGUACCAGAAAGAAUGUUUAUGAUUGGGUCCUAAAAGGAUGGGUUUUCGACGCCUGGUAUGCCGGGCGUGUUAUGCUCCUGGGCAAUAUCUGUCACAGGAUGAUCCCGUCUGGCGCACAGAGAGCUGUGGACGCUAUGCAGAGUGCUGUCGUGCUGGUCAACUAGAUCGAUGUGCUUCCGACUACGGUUUCGAACAGGGAUCUAGGGUUCGUGUUUGAAGAGUACCAGGGUAAGGACACCUACUUGCGAUCAAGGCAUUUGAAGCCAGCCAGUUCAUGGGCAAGCAAACAUUUUAGAGGUCUUUAGAGCUGAGAAGAGGCGCUCAACCGGUU